GAUCCUCAGAAUGAUCAGUACAUAGCGCACCUUAUGGACUAUUUUCACAUAUGCCUCGAAAGCGUACGGAGGCUGUCCGUUGGCAAAACGAAGCAUUUGAUGCUGAAAGCUCUGGCAGAUACUCUGGGCGGUUAUUUGCGAGUCUACAUCCUCCCCAUCACAAGAUACUCAUAUUACGCGGGUAACAUCAAGUAUCGUAACGCGAAGAUGCUGUUCGAUCUUUACGACGAGCUGAAGAUAUUUCUUCAGACCAAUGGCGCUGGUUGGUCAAAUCCUAACAAGGAUUUUACGAAUGUCAGGAUCCCUUCUAUUGUAAUUACACCGCCAAAAACGUCGGUCGCUUGUAACGGGCUUAUCACGUAUUCGUCGUGCUACGGCAACGAGGCUACGACAAGCGAAGUUAUAAUACCCCUUCCGUUUCUCGAUAAUGAAGCAGAGCCUAACAGCAUCGCGUUGCCCUUCAAAACCGACAGCCUACAAUCAUUGUACUCGGAAAAAUCAGCUUUCGCCCUCGUCAAGUACUACAUCGCCAGCGUAAAAUGCAUCACUUCGCGAUCGAGUAUGAAAACGCGAUUGCGAGCAUUCAACAAGGACUUUUAUGCCUGGUUGGAACAAUCUGUACGUCAACACUUAGACGACGAGAAGUGGUAUCCAGCAUUCGGUGGUGUCCUUCGAAUACUGGCUACUUUGCGAGAAAUGGAUAUUGGGGGCGAUAUUAAGAGAACAAGUGGUACUUAUCAAGUUAUGCCAGUAGAUAUGGAACAUCAAAUGGAUGAGAGUGCGUCAUCGUUUUACAAAGGAAAGGGAGAAAAGAGUACAACGAUUGGACCUACGCAGCUUGUGAUUAUAGCAAUAGUAUCCGUAUUGGUGAUAUGGUUGUUGGUGGGUUUGAGCUUAGUGUGCUAUAGAUUUCUCACUAAACCUUCCGAAGGUUGUCAACCUUGUGAAUCAAAGUCUACACCAUUCGCAGUUCUUUAUGAAAAUUCAGACUAUUGCCAGCCGGAUAUGUGCCCCUCGAAGUUGCGUAAGGGCGUGGUUGAAAAAUUGAAGGAAUGGUGGAGAGAUAGGUUUGGACGAUGCCCAGGAGAAUGCCAGGAGCAUGUAGACGAGGAACGUUGCUUGGCUGAAAUCAGUUACAAUAGCAAAGACAUCGUCAGCGAUAGCAGCAAAAUUUACUCCACAGCGUCUGCUAUAGUUCUGAAGGAUCGACCACCUAUUCCGAUAGUCCAGCCAAGCUAA